AUGACCACCGCGACGAUAUUUAUUCGGGAUCGUGAACUCAAGUUAAUUAAGUGUCGCGCCUUGUUGGAUACAUGUGCUACCGCCAAUUUCAUUUCCGAGGGUCUCGCGAGACGUCUAAGGCUCCCUAUAACAACAUGCGCAUUGCCAGUCGGCGCAAUCAAUUCAAUGAACACGAUUUCGAAAGGCGUCAUUCGAAUCACUAUUCAAUCACUACACAGUGAGUUCCGCAAGGACUUGCAAUGUUUGACAAUCCCCGUAAUAUCAGACCUAGUUCCGUCGGAAAUUUUCCCGCGAGAUUCCAUCACAAUACCGUCCAAUAUAAAAUUAGCUGAUCCAGAGUUUCAUUUGCCGCGUCCUGUUGAUUUGCUGAUUGGUGCGGGGGCGACAUUGUCAUUAUUCUCCAUAGGCCAGAUCAAUUUAUCGAUACGAGAUAACGAUUUACAUCUACAAAAGACGUGUCUCGGCUGGAUCGUUGCGGGCGGAAGCGCGUCGCGGAAUCAACCGAAAACUGCGAUAUGUAAAUUAACUGGUCUAGAUCAACAGAUCGCGAGAUUUUGGGUGAUUGAGGAGAUAUCUGAUCCCACCGAUACGCCGAAAUCUAACGAGGAAAUCGAAUGCGAAGAGCACUUCACUAAAUUUGUUACUCGUAACCGCGACGGUCGAUAUACAGUGAGACUACCAUUUCGCAGGGACAAGAUGAGCCUCGGCGACUCGCGAACCGUCGCGCUCAAACGUUUAAAUUCGCUCGAACGGAAGCUCGACUCAGAUCCAUUGUUAAGGGCCGCCUAUUCGCAAGUAAUACAGGAGUAG